AGAUCAUGCGAGAUUUCCGUAAAACAUUCCGCCAUCUUUGAUGAUGACUCGAUGGGAGGAAACCGAAGUUUUCGGCAUUCCUUUACAAAUCAAUCAAAAUUUUCGUAAAUACUGAGCAAUAAUUCAAUGAAAGGCAAAAUUCCAACAGAGCCCUUUUGUUGAAUGCAAUCUCGACGUUCGAGUGGAAGAGGUUCCCAUCCCAUUUGAGAUCGGAAGCACAGUUGUGUUUUCAGAACAUAUCGAUCCUGUUCGCCUCUGUCUGACAAUGUGAUGUGGUGAACAUGGAGGGACCAGUUCAAGGUGACAGAAAGAAGAUAGAGGAGAUCGGCAAGAUGACGGCGUUGACCCAGGACGAGAUCAUCAACAACACCAAAACGGUGAUCCAGGGCCUGGACACAUUGAAGAAUGAGCACCACCAGAUCCUCAACUCUCUACUCACUUCCAUGAAAACAAUCAAGAGGGAGAAUGGAGACACAAACCUUGUGGAAGAAAAAGCAAAUAUUCUCAAGAAGUCCCUGGAGUCCAUUGAACUAGGACUAGGAGAGGCUCAGGUAAUGAUGGCAUUAGCGAAUCAUCUACAACAUGUAGAAGCAGAGAAACAGAAGUUACGAGCACAGGUUAGGCGUUUAUGUCAGGAGAAUGGCUGGCUGCGAGAUGAGCUGGCCAACACACAGCAGAAGCUGCAGCUGAGUGAGCAGAAGUCAGCCACACUGGAGGAGGAGAAGAAACACCUGGAGUUCAUGAAUGAGAUGAAGAAAUACGAUUCUAAUGACACAUCAGUCAGCAUGACAGAAGAAAAAGAACCUGAACCCACUUCACAGCCUCUAGAUCUCGGAUUUCCAGAUGAUGAUGAUGACGGACCACAACCUGAAGUUCUGUCCCCAACACAACCAAGUGCAAUGGCCCAGGCGGCAAGUGGUGGCUAUGAAAUCCCCGCCCGUCUGCGCACUCUCCACAAUCUAGUCAUUCAAUAUGCGUCACAGGGUCGAUACGAGGUGGCAGUACCACUCUGUAAACAAGCCCUGGAGGAUCUGGAGAAGACCAGUGGGCAUGAUCACCCAGAUGUUGCCACUAUGCUAAAUAUACUCGCUCUAGUAUACAGAGACCAGGGCAAGUAUAAGGAGGCUGCCAAUCUACUAAAUGAUGCAUUAGGCAUCCGAGAGAAGACUUUGGGGCCUGACCACCCUGCCGUGGCAGCCACCCUCAACAACCUGGCUGUAUUGUAUGGAAAGCGUGGCAAGUACAAGGAGGCCGAGCCCCUGUGCAAGAGAGCUCUGGAGAUCAGGGAAAAGGUGCUGGGCAAAGAUCAUCCUGAUGUAGCGAAACAACUAAAUAAUCUGGCUCUUCUGUGUCAAAACCAAGGCAAAUAUGAAGAGGUAGAGCAGUACUAUCAAAGGGCUCUAGAAAUCUAUGAAAGUAAGCUAGGCCAGGAUGACCCCAAUGUUGCUAAGACUAAGAAUAACCUGGCCUCCGCAUACCUGAAGCAGGGCAAGUACAAGCAGGCCGAGGUUCUGUACAAGGAGGUCCUCACCCGUGCACACGAGAAGGAGUUUGGCAAGGUGGAAGGGGAGAACAAGCCUAUCUGGAUGAGGGCAGAAGAGAGAGAAGAAAACAAAGGAAAGUACAAGGAUGGAUCCCCACUUCCAGAGUAUGGCAGUUGGCAUAAGGCUGCUAAAGUUGACAGCCCGACAGUAACAACAACCCUGAAGAACCUUGGUGCGCUGUACCGGAGACAGGGCAAGUACGAGGCUGCCGAGACUCUGGAGGAGUGUGCCAUGAGGUCCAAAAAGAAUGUAAGUGGUCUGGACGUAGUCAAAACCACGAAAAUAGCGGAUGUGUUAAGCAGUGAAUAUCAUAAAGAGCAGUCUCCCAAAGAGCGAAAGCGCUCGAUGAGCAGAGAGAACCUUCGGCGAGACUCUAUGGAUAGUGUAGCCUACGAGAAAACUGACAUUGGUGACGAAGUGAGUAUCAAAAUGCAGUGGUCGGGCGACUCUGCGGCCCUCACAGACCAGGGCUGGACUGGAAAGUUAAAGCGCAGUGGAUCGUUCUCCAAACUGCGUGCUUCCAUUAAACGUAGCAGUGCUAAACUGGUGCAGAAGUUGAAGGGGAAGGCUCCUGGUGACGAAAAUUCUGGCAGCCUCAACUGGUAUGUGCGGGGAUGGUAUGCCAACGAGAGAGUUAACACUAUGAAAAGAGCAAGCUCCAUGUCAGUUCUCAAUUUAAUCAGCAGUAAUGAUGACAAGUUACAUGAAAGUAGGCGGUCUGUGGGUGACUUGAGGAUGCGAGGGAGGACAGCUAGUACAGAACAUUUACCUGGCCAGCUGUUUUGAUGAGCAGCUUGCCUGGUUAGACUUUAUCAUGUGUUUAUAUAUAUUUGUACAGUCCUUCAUCCCAACUGUUGAUGCAAAGCUGAGGCUGCUGGCUGCAAGAAGACUUGAUGUCAGCAGCCCAGGCUGACAAGAAAGACACACACUGAUCACGCUGUCUUACUGAUGAAUAUUGCCAGAUAUGUAUAUGUGGCUUACAAAACCUUGGGCAGCCGGUGAUGUAGUGAGGGCGUAGUGCCAGGAAUUGAAGUAAUCGGUAGUGUCUACAUGCAUUAUACUACUGUGUAUCUUGAAGUUGGGCUGACUAUGUUAUUUGUGUCUUUCAUUGAGGAAUCUUCCCGCUCGCGGUACUGUGUGGGUAGUUUGAUAACAGCAUAAUACCCAGACAGACUGACAGACAGACAGAUGGACAGCCCUCCAGGUGAAGCCCAUCGUCAACAACAAGGAUGUUGAUCAUCACUGGCUGUCACUGCUGCUGUUCCUUUCCCAGAACCACCCAGCUGCCACUCCCUGUGUCGUGGGACUUCACUAUCAUCAGUGAUUUCAUUGUGUGCAACAACGUCGUGGUGAUUGUCGUAGAGCUUGCUGCUUGUGUACCUUGGUCAGACAUCGAUAUAUUCUACAUAUUUGUCUUAUACCCACAUCUCAGCUGUGUCAGCUAGGUUGAGAGAUCUGCAUCUACACAUUUAAGUAACAUAACUCAUUAACCACUAAUAAUUAGGAAGUUUUUAUUUAUGGCUGUUGCCCGUUUUUAGAAAGUAUGAAUCAAGCUUAUGUCAGAAUCAGUUUAUGCAGGACAGGUGUCUGGAUCUUGGGUCCCUGGUUAGAUGGGUUUUUACAUAGCAUCUUGAUAUCUUGCUGUGUUGCUUCUGUUUAACAGUAGAUAUAUUGUCUUGACGCAACAACCAAAGUAAAUGUUGACGUAAUUAGCUUUGCUUACUUUUCAAACUCACAAAAUAAGACUUGCUGCUUGCAAAAGUCAUCUUUGCUGUGAUUGUUUUGUUAAGGCAACACCAAAAAAUAACCAUGAUACCGCUUUGCUAAUCAAAUUCAUUGCCUCUCUAUUUGCAUGUUAAGUCAUAUCUUUAAUAAUUGUUUUGUUAAAACAGAGUUUCAAGUCCAUCCAAAAAAGAAUAUAUGUCUUUCGGUGCAUGUAGUAACUCCUGUGUGAAACAUGCAUAACCUCUUUUUCACUUUUCGACUGAAAAAGAGCCUGACAUGGUAUAUUCUGUCUGGAUAGAAACCUUUCACAAAUCUUGAUCAGCUUUAGUAGUCUCACUGUUUAAGUUGAUCUUUAUGUUCAUCAUCGCAUUCUCUGGACAAAUUCUUAAAUAAGAGAAAUAAUUUCAUUUUUCAACAUGAGAAGUUUAAUAAAGUGCUUUAAGUGUCACUAUGUAUAUCAUGCUCUUGGAUAACAUGCUUUUGUGAUUUAUUAGGCAAGGUAACAGUUGGUUUGCGAUCAGUUGCAUCGGUACACCUCAGUUUCCAUACAACUAACUUGCAAUAUUAAACUGUAUCAGGUAGGAUGAUUCAGAUAUUGGUUGAACGAAUGAGAGCAGGUCAUAUUGACCUGGUAAACUAGGUCACAAUGACCUAGCCCUAGCAGCAGGACUGUGAUCUAACUUUAUAUUGUUAAACUUUGUUUUCUGUCAGAUGUUUAUGUUGAUAUAAUUCAGGAGAUACUUGUUGCAGCACUGCUGCCUGGUUACAUUUCGUCCUGUGUUAAUGAUGUGAAGGUGUAUGGAGCUUGCACUUAGGGUGAGUGGGCUGAUUGGCUGGCGGGAUACUAGUAGGACCAUGCCCAGUUUCUGUGUCGUAAUUUGUUCAGCAGCAUUCUCUCAUAAUCUGAUAUGUUUAAAGUGGCCCUAGUUGCUUUAAGUAUACUGAAGACAGACCUGUUGUACCAGGACAUGUAAAUAGCAACAGUCUCUGCACUUGGGACAUGGACGACAGUGUGUCCAAUAUAAGUUCAGAUUGGAAUACGUGCAAUUGUCUGAUUUUCCUGUAAGCUUUUACUACCACAUAAACUACUGUUGUUGUUUUGAUCAGCGACGAUAGUAUGACUUGCACCAUGGAUCAGUUAGCCUGCUUAGAUAUUGUACACAUACCUGUUUCUGGAUAUAUCAUACAUGUUUGCCAUUACUGGCUGUCAGGCUGCGAUACUACAAAGCAUUUAAUAAAUAAAUAUUCUGUGACCCUCCCUUGCUGUCCUUUGCUGACCCUAUGGACAACCCACUGAUACUCUCACAGUUGACUGUUUUAACUGUCAUGUUAUUGGGCAUUCUUAAUAACAAAACCUGAGAACUUGUAUCAAAAGAAAAACACUAUUUAUUACCACCACAUAAGACUUUUCAUCUGAACCUAGAGCCCCCCAUACUAAUCUGAAUAUUUCAACAUUGCUACAAAUGUAAGUGAAAAAUUGAAGUGCUAUGUUGUGUGAUAGUGUAAGUUCACUUCUUGAGGAUGUUGAAUUAUAGAGAUGCUGCCCAAAAGAAUACUAUCUUUACACUAUGUGUUUGACAUAGGUACCUACUGCAACAGAUGAACUGGUAUACAGGUUUAUGUAUGUGAGUGAUAGGCUGAAUGCAGAUUGAAUCCCCUUCCCUUUGCAGACUCUUCUAUUUCCAGUACAAUCAAAACAUGCAAUUUUAAUGUAAUGGUCAUAAGAUAAACUCACAAGGAAUUGGAAUGUGGUUCCUUGGGGUACUUCAAUCAUUCAUUUAUUUAUGAUUUGGUGACAUUAGAUACAUUUUUGUUUGCAAGGUAAUGGUGUAUUUGGAAUCAUGUAUUAAAGGUUGUCCUGUAGUGAGCACUUGACUGGACAUUGACCAAGAAUUAUUGUGAGUUUCAAUAUGUCUUUCUAAAGUUUACUCAUACAAUUCAAACCAACAUCCAUUCUCCUUACAAAUAAAUAUUUUGAUUAUUCUAUGUAAUACGAAGAUUUUGUGGAGUAAGUAAUUAUGAAAUCUCUUAUAUAUUCCUGAUGCCAUUGUACAAGUUGAAAAACGUUAUAUGAACUCACUUGUCUGCUGUUUGGUUUGGAUUCACUAUGUGUAUGCUGUCUGUCUCUUGCGUGUGAGAUCCAGCUUGUAUCAUUUGAGGCAGUGUUCAUGCAGCAAGUGUCAGUUUCUGUACAGUUGCUUGAUUUCAAUCCUGAUAAUUUAUUAAAGCAAAUUAUUAAAACAUC